ACACAAUCUGGAAAUUCUUAGUUUAUUACUAUUUCCGAUUAGCCCACAACAUUUUCUCUCUUUCCGCAUUCAAUUUUCCCGGUCAACUCUUUAUAGUUAUUCAAAAUCAUAGGUCAUGGAUGACGACGCGGCGCUACCUUCCGAAAUCACAACUCGCCACGCUAAACGAGCUAGGGUUAAUACUCGAGUCGCCGGAGACGAGCCUGACGAGGCAAACGGCGACAACGCGGAGAAUCAAGAAAGGAACAGCGAUGGGAGUCCCGGCCCAGGGGAGUGGGAGGGCUCACCAGAUGAUUUUCAAGAAAUUCGUCCCAAAACUAAGCGACAUCGAGCUUCUGAGGGGACUUCUUAUUUCCCGAACAGAUUUGAAGAGAUAUUAAUCGAGGUUAUCAAAGGUGAUGGCAAACAUAUUUCUCAAGCUGUCAAGCGCUGGGUUGAGCGAUAUGAGAGGAAUCAAAAACAUGCCAUGGUUGAACUCUUCAUGAUGCUUUUUGAGGCAUGCGGGGCAAAGUAUUACAUCAAGGAAGAGUUUCUCGACGAGACUGAUGUUGAUGAUGUUGUGGUUGCUCUUGUCAACCUUGCUAGAAAAGGGGAAGUUGAAGAUUAUCAGAGUUCAAAAAAGGAAUUCAAGAAUUUCAAGGAGAAUCUUGUUUCAUUCUGGGACACUUUGGUUAUUGAGUGCCAGAAUGGGCCAUUGUUUGAUAAGGAUUUGUUUGACAAGUGCAUAGACUAUAUAAUUGCCUUGUCAUGCACACCUCCAAGGGUUUACCGUCAAGUUGCUUCCAUGAUAGGUCUCCAGCUAGUCACAUCUUUCAUUUCUGUAGCAGAAAGGCUUGCUGUACAGCGUGAUACUACUCAAAGACAGUUAAAUGCUGAAAGGAAGAAAAGACCUGAUGGACCUCGCGUGGAAUCACUAAAUAGCAGGUUGUCAACAACUCAUGAGCAGAAACUUGUAAUAGAUGAGAUGAUGCGCAAAAUCUUCACUGGGUUGUUUGUGCAUCGAUAUAGAGAUGUUGACCCUAAUAUCAGAAUGUCAUGCAUACGGUCACUGGGUGUUUGGAUUUUGUCAUAUCCUACAUUGUUCUUGCAGGAUCUAUACUUGAAGUACCUUGGAUGGACUCUAAAUGACAAAAGUGCUGGCGUAAGAAAAGCUGCUGUCCUUGCUUUGCAAAAUAUCUAUGAGGUGGAGGAUAACGUGCCCACUCUUAGUCUCUUUACUGAAAGGUUUUCUAACCGGAUGAUUGAGCUUGCUGACGACGUUGAUGUUUCCGUGGCUGUAUGCGCAAUAGGGCUUGUAAAACAAUUACUUAGGCAUCAGCUUAUACCAGAUGACGACUUGGGUUCUUUGUAUGAUCUACUUAUUGAUGAUCCACCAGAAAUCAGGCGUGCUAUAGGAGAAUUAGUAUAUGAUCACUUAAUUGAACAAAAAUUUAACAGUUCCCAAUCUGGCUCAAAAGGCAAUGAGAGUGAGGUUCAUCUUGGCAGAAUGUUGCAGAUAUUACGGGAGUUUUCAACAGAUCCCAUUUUAAGUGCAUAUGUUAUCGAUGAUGUCUGGGAGUACAUGAAAGCCAUGAAGGAUUGGAAGUGUAUCAUUUCCAUGCUUUUGGAUGAGAAUCCAUUAAUAGAACUUACUGAUGAAGAUGCAACAAACCUGGCUAGGCUUCUUUUUGCUUCUGUUAAAAAGGCUGUUGGAGAGAGGAUUGUGCCUGCUUCUGACAAUCGAAAGCAAUAUUUCAAUAAAGCUCAAAGAGAAAUGUUUGAAAACAAUAGGCGGGAUUUAACUGUUGCCAUGAUGAAGAACUACCCAUUACUUCUUCGUAAAUUCAUGGUUGACAAGGUUAAAAUUUCAUCAUUGGUCGAGAUUAUUGUAUAUAUGAACCUUGAGCUUUAUUCUCUGAAGAGACAAGAGCAGAAUUUCAGAAAUACUCUUCUUCUCAUCAAAGAUGCAUUUUUCAAGCACGGUGAGAAGGAUGCAUUGAGAUCUUGUGUUAAGGCUAUUACAUUCUGUUCCACUGAGAGUCGAGGAGAGCUGCAAGAUUUUUCUCGUAACAAACUAAAGGAGCUUGAGGAUGAGCUUCUUGAUAAGCUUAAAUCUGCAACUAAAGAAGUGAUUGAUGGAGAGGAUGAGUAUUCUCUUCUGGUGAAUUUGAAAAGGUUGUUUGAGCUUCAAUUGUCGAGGCCUGCAUCAAUUGAGGAAAUUUAUGGAGAUUGUAUUACAAUCUUGCGCAGCUUCAGAAACUUGGAUGAUGAAGUUGUUAGUUUUCUGCUGCUGAAUAUGUCAAUGGAUGUAGCCUGGUCUUUUCAUUCUAUUAUAAACCUUGAAACUGUCUCUGAAGGAAGCUUAUGCUCUCUCCUGUCUAAACGUGAUACCCUGUUGGAGGAACUUGAGUAUUUUCUUAAUACUCCUCCUGAAGUCAGGGAAGGGAGUAAUUCAGGAAAUCAGCUAGCCUGCUGGGUUUGUAUUAUACUAGCAGAUAUCUGGUUUCUGUUUAGGAAGACAGUUUUUUCGUCAACAAAGCUUGAAAGAUUAGGAUAUUGUCCUGAUGCUCGUACUCUUCAGAAGUUUUGGACCCUUUGUGAGAAGCGGCUCAAAAUUUCAGAUGACACAGAAGAUGAAGAUAUUAACAAAGAGUAUAUUGAGGAUACAAAUAGAGACAAUGUCAUGAUUGUUGUUGCAAAGUUGAUUGCUAGUGAUACAGUCCCAAAGGAUUAUCUUGCUCCUGAGGUAAUUUCUCAUUUUGUGAUGCAUGGAGCUGGCAUUGCAGAGAUUGUAAAGAAUCUGAUCACAGUUUUGAAGGAAAAAAAUGAUGUCUCUGGAGUUUUUUUAGAAGCUUUGAAGAGGGCCCACUAUCGACAUUUAGAACUCUCUGAAAGUGAUGAUGAAUCCUUGAAAAGCGAGUCUUUCCAGGAGUGCAAGAACCUGGCUUCUCGGCUUGCUGGAACAUUCGUUGGUGCUUCUCGGAACAAGCACAGGCCCGAGAUUUUAAAGAUUGUUAAGUCAGGCAUCGAGUAUGCCUUUCAAAAACCUCCAAAACAGCUGUCUUUUCUGGAAGCUUCUGUGCUACAUUUUGCAUCUCGACUUCCUCCACCUGACAUCAGAGACAUUCUGAAAGAUGUCCAGAAGAGGACAGAGAAUGUAAAUACAGAAGAGGAUCCAAGCGGGUGGCGCCCCUAUAAUACAUUUUAUGAUAGUUUGCAAGAGAAGUGUGCAAAGAAUGACGGGAUUCAUGAUAAGAAGGAACAGACUACUGCAAGAAAGAGGGGUCGUCCUAGGAAGCGGCGAAAUAUUGAGGGUAGGAGACUUUUUGAUGAGCGUAAUUCAAGUGAAGAAGAGGAUUCAAUUAACACGUCAGAUCAAGAAGAUGCUCAGGUGGAGGAAGACGAGGAAGAAGAUAAUGCUCCUCUGAUACAUUCGCUCAAGUCCUCUGCUAAGUUGAGGUCAUUAAGAGUCUCGAGACAAGAAAACUGAGACAAGUAAAGGACUGGAUCUUCUGUGCAACGGCUACUGAUAAUUAACCUUCAAAUAUGCGAGGUAUGGAAUGCAUUUUAUAAUUUCCAUGACUGUCUUGGAGAAAGAUUUUUUGGGCAAAGAGAAGAAUUUAGAUUGCGUUUUAAACAACACAAUAGAAUUUGGAUCUUCAGCCGAAAGACCAAUCUCCAAGUCGUGCAUGGAAACUAGAAAAUGCAGGUCACACACAUGAAGCAUCUAGGAUGUAUCUAAUCUAUCUUUUCCCCCCCAGCUAUGUAUGACAUGGUAACUUACGGAUUUGUGUAGUGGAAAUAGAUUCGGAUACAGUAGUGUCCUCAAAUGUGAGUUUGUGUUAGAAAUGUUAUGUUAGGAUGCCUUCUACUUUUAGGUUAUUGUGGUUGCUAAUUGCUGGUGGAAAACGCGGAGUUCCGCUCAUGUGAUUGUGAUUAUAAUAGUUGGGUUUUAUGUCC